CAAGUGCCUGAUAAAACCAAAUUCAGAGAGACAAAUAAAUAAAUUCCUCUCCUUUUUCUUCCUGAACAUGAAUAAAUAAAUUUCUUGGCAUUAAAGGAUUACCAUCUAACAUCCCAUAAAAGAAUUCAAGAAAAGAUAAUACUAAUAAAUUACAAGCUUGUAUUCACAACAUACCUUCCAUAGACAGCUAAUCACAAUCAUUGGGAAUGUGAAUUCAAGUGCACACAGUUCUUCAUUAUAAAUGUCUAAUGUUUCCUUCUCUUCUUUUAAAGUCUUUCUUUGGAUAAAUGUUUUCUUGGCUAGAACUCAAGAGAUAUUUUGGGAUCUGGGCUUUAUUUGUUUUUGUGGUUUUUGUUAGGUUCAUUCUAAAAAGAAACAUCUUGUGAUUCGUGUUACUCGGUCUUGUUUCAUGUUUCGCUGACACUGCUGUGAUUUCGGAUUUUUGUUACUUGGUUUUAGUUGUUUGUGUUUGCUAUUGUUGACAACGAAGACUCGGCUUUGUGGUGCUUGUGUCUGUUAUUUAGUCGCUUUAAGUGACUCUCUGUCUUCUUUUCCUGUGUUUAUUGUUCUCAUUUCAUUGGCUAUCUGUCCCUCUCUAGAUCAUGUCCUAAUAGCAUUGUCUAGAUAAUUUCAUUGCAAAGCCAGAAACUUUUUGUGACUUCUGUUUCUGGGCUUUGCUUGUUUUGGAUCAUAUCUUGAUUGGCUGUUCGAUUAAUGGGUCAUUCUUUGCUCUCUAUUCUCUGCCUUUUAGUCUCUCUUUUUGUCUAUUCCUGUAUAUGCGCUCCUCUUGAAGAUCAAGGAAGAGACAAGAUCACAUAUUUGCCAGGGCAGCCAGGGAGUGUAGAGUUCAAUCAGUACUCAGGUUAUGUGACUGUGAACCAACAAUCCGGGAGGGCAUUGUUUUACUGGUUGGUCGAGGCACCGACAAGUCGCAGACCUGAGUCCAGACCACUUGUUUUAUGGCUCAAUGGAGGCCCUGGUUGCUCCUCUGUUGCUUAUGGAGCAGCUGAGGAGAUUGGGCCUUUUCGCAUUAGACCUGAUGGCAAAACUCUUUACUCCAAUCCUUAUGCUUGGAAUAAGUUGGCGAAUUUGCUGUUCCUGGAAUCUCCAGCUGGGGUUGGUUUUUCAUAUUCAAAUACGUCUUCGGAUUUGUACACGGCUGGUGACCAGAGAACUGCUGAAGACGCAUACACAUUUCUAGUCAAUUGGUUUGAAAGGUUUCCGCAGUACAAAUAUAGAGAUUUCUACAUCGCCGGAGAAAGCUACGCAGGUCACUAUGUACCACAGUUGUCCCAAAUUGUUUAUCAGAAGAACAAGGGAAUUAAGAAUCCUGUAAUUAACUUCAAGGGAUUUUUGGUGGGAAAUGCAGUCACUGAUGAUUAUCAUGAUUAUGUUGGCACCUUUGAGUACUGGUGGACCCAUGGUUUAAUUUCUGAUUCUACCUAUCGAACUCUACGCCUCACCUGUGAUUUUGUAUCAUCUACACACCCAUCAGUAGAAUGCAUGAAGGCUCUCAAGCUUGCAGAGUUGGAGCAAGGGAACAUUGAUCCAUAUAGCAUUUUCACACAGCCUUGCAAUAAUACCGCAGCCUUGAGGCACAACCUAAGGGGUCAUUAUCCAUGGAUGUCCAGAGCAUAUGAUCCCUGCACAGAGAGGUAUUCUAAAGUGUACUUCAAUCGCCCUGAAGUCCAGAAGGCACUCCAUGCAAAUGUAACUGGGAUUCCUUACCCAUGGGAAACAUGCAGUAACAUUGUAGGAGACUACUGGGCAGAUUCUCCACUUUCCAUGCUUCCUAUAUAUAAAGAACUCAUUGCUGCAGGUCUAAGGAUAUGGGUCUACAGUGGAGAUACUGAUGCAGUGGUUCCUGUUACUGCAACUCGAUACUCAAUUGAUGCCCUAAAACUACCAACUAUUAUCAAUUGGUAUCCGUGGUAUGACAGUGGAAAGGUUGGCGGGUGGAGCCAAGUAUACACAGGGCUAACUUUUGUAACAGUGACCGGAGCAGGGCAUGAAGUUCCACUCCAUCGCCCUCGACAGGCUUUUAUUCUUUUCAUGUCAUUUUUGGGGAACAAGUCCAUGCCGGGCCGAAGCUUUUAGUCCUCCUUGCAUUAAUCAUUGAUGAAUAAACAAGCGAUAGAUAAUAGAAUUUGUUCAUACACAGGCUUAUAAAUGACAGAGUAAGAGAAGCAUUCCUCUCGAGUGCUCUUCCAUUCUUCCAUAAGUGCACCAUUUCUAUAUUUAAGUUGUAGCAUAUCAAAAUGUAUGGAGCUAUUCUUUAUAGUAAUUCAAUUAUUUGAACUGUAAGUUUAGACAAUAGAAUUGUACUAAUUUCCAAGAAAUUUAUACAUAAUGGAGUUAAAAUA